AGAGAUUCCAAAAAUAAUGGCGAUGAGUAUCCGUAUUUGACCUGAAAUAUGGAGUGACUUUUGAUGAACGCUUACAAACCGUCGAAUGACACCUCUCAAGAGCUGAGGGGGAAGAGACCAUUUAAGAUCUGGGAUAGCUGGAGAAAUGUGCGAAAAUCAUUAGUUGUUAAAGACCUUAAGGAUUUAGAACAAAGAGGUAAUGUUGAAGUUAAUAACGUCAUGAAAUGGACUUUUCUUAUGGAUCAUAAACAGCCCACCAAUCAUAAACAGAUUCCGGCAAACGAGCCGGUGAGAUUAGUGCUUGAAAGUGAUGGUACACAAGUAGAAGACGGGGAAUACUUCAAGACUCUCGCCAACCACACAGUGAUCCUCCUGCUUCGGCCGGGAGAGUGGUGGUACCCUACAGGAGUUGACGUCAUACGUACAGGAAAAGAGAAGCUUCAGAUUCCGGCAAACGAGCCGGUGAGAUUAGUGCUUGAAAGUGAUGGUACACAAGUAGAAGACGGGGAAUACUUCAAGACUCUCGCCAACCACACAGUGAUCCUCCUGCUUCGGCCGGGAGAGCGGUGGUACCCUACAGGAGUUGACGUCAUACGUACAGCUAUCUCGGCGAUCCCCAAGAUCGUGUGCGAGACGAUACAUGCACUAGACCUUCAGAAUGAAACACCUUCGUGGAAAAUUAUGGACAACAAGGGACGAGUUACUGUGGUGUUGCACUGGGACCAGCAGAGGAAAGAGGCAUCCCCACAGCCGCCAAAGAAACAGCCAUCACUGGUCAUCCAAACCAGCGUAGAUAGUACGACAGGGAAAAAGGAGACUGUCAUUAAUGACGUAUACCAACCUGGUAGGUACUCAACCUCACCACAAAUCACCGUCAUCAACCAUGACGAGGUAUACCCACCAAAGCUCACAAGGCAGGGUGGCUCCUUCGAGAGCACCCACAUCCACACACAGGAAUGCUCCAAUCAUACACACCACCCUCAGAGGAGCGGAUCUCCGGGCAACAACACAGAGUGCGACUUCCACUGCUGCUCGUUACACGAAGAGGGAAGGAAGAUCGCCGUCCACAAGUCGGUUGCAACGUCACCGAUACAGGACUCUCUAUCCACCUCGCCUCAACACCCAGGAUCAUCAAUCAGAGGGGUCCGUUCGGGUGCAAAGGGACAUGUUAGGUUCCUCGACAUCGAGGGAGCCCACCACCAAGAUCAUGAUAGUUCGGAAUCAGAAACCGAGACCGCAGCAGAGGAGGCGGCAACAUCCGAGAAGUUCCUCCUCCUCAUCGAUCAGCUGUCAGUCGACCAAAAGAGACACCUUACGAUCAAGGAUAUCGGCAUCAUCCUCGAAAGGCUGUCAUCGAAAAUCCUCGACGUGGAAAGACUGGACAGAGAGUCAGAAAGUGAGGACUGUUAUAACUGGACGAUCAAAGCAACUAUCAGAGGAGAUGUACUCCGCGAACUGGGGGUCAUAUACAACGGAAAUUACUAUGCCAUAUCGGAGCACCCCGGUUACAAGGAGGAGGAGCAGAGAGAAGACGGUGAAGAAGAAGAAGAAGAAGACGAUAGAAUAUAGACAAUCAGGACAUAGCCACUGCCAAAGAAGCGAAUAGCCUCAAAAAUAACUUGACUUUAGUGAAUUAUGCGUGAGGAGGUGGUGCCCGGCCUAGCAGAAACCCGAUUGAAGCUCGGGCCCGAGUCCUUAGCACAAACUUAUUCGUAGGAUUUAGAUGUUUAAUUUGAACGAACAAAAACAUAUUUUACAGUCUUGUUGAGCUCAAAAUAUAUGGACGACUUUUGUGCCCCAGUCGGAAUUCUACCAAGAGUUUUCCUUUUGGACAUAUAGUGUUACAUUUUCAUUGGAUUAGUGAAAAAUAAAUAAAACGGGUAUUUUAAGACUAUUAUUAAUUGUAAGGAAUUAAAUUGUUUUUGCAGUCGGAUGGGAAGGGUGGCCGGUCCCCGCCCGAAAUGGACAAGGUUGUGAAGUUUGGUAUUUAAUUGUUCUGUUUUUGGGCUUGGGCUAGAAUUGUUUUAUUAUCGAGCGCCGGAUCGCUCAGCCAGCCCAAGCCGUUGUAACAAUUUUGCAUUGUGCUCACACAUUUUUAAUAAAUGGAAAAAAAUGUGGUUUUUAAACAAUCAUAGAAUUUAAUAUCUUGUCCCUUUAAAAUGGAUGAGGUACUUUAAAAAAACUAAAAACUAAAAAAAAAAUUAAAAAAAGACAAAUAUUCUAAAGAUGAAUAUUCUAAUAUUUUUUCUUAUAAAUAAAAUCAAUUUAUUAAUAAAAAAUUAUUUGUAAAAGUUCCAGAGGGACUUUUGGAAUUUCUUAUAGUGAAUAUUUCUUUACCGAAAGGUUUAACUAGAUUUAAAGUUUUUUAAAAGAAAUGACAUUUUUGCCCAUUUUUUUCAGUAUUGAUGGUAAUACUGUUUGUGAUUGUUGAAGGUAUAGGCUUGUGGGGAAAUCCGGAUUAUCAAUAGUAAAGAGAUUUAUGCCAAACACUGUGCCAAAAUAAAAUAAAAAAUGGGAUAUUUAUAGAAAACAGGCUUGAUCAUAAAUUCUGAUGAAUAUUAUAAGUUAUUAGUAAUGGAGUAUUAGUAUGGGAAUUCUAGAAAUGUGUGUAGUAGACUGAAAUGUCGAAAACACAGAUUAUGCAUGAUUUAUUUUGUCUUAAUUUUCCUCAUUUUAUUAAUUACUUGAUAGAAGUAAACUUUCAGUUCUUUGCUUAAAAUUAUUUCAAUUUUGGGGUAAAGGUUGUGUUAAACAAAAUAAUUUAAAAUAAACAACUCAAUGAAUAUAAUAUAUUUUUAAUUUUUGGUAUUGAUUUGAUAAAUACGUAUAUUGAAUAAAUAAUAUAAAGUAAUAGUCUUUCAAGAACUUUAUUGUUAUAUUGUUAUUGAAGUAGAUUAAUUUUGGCUUCCUAUAUAGGUAAUAAAUUAAGAAUAUUUGUUAACUGCUCGUUUUUCUAAAUAUUUAAUGGACUUAAUAAAUGCCGUUAGAGGAUGUUGGUUUUUGGAUCACUUGACAAGCAAUCUUCUGAGGAGUUGGUCGUGGCGUUCACCUUAUUUAUCCGAAGUCGCUGCUCAGACCACUCCUUUUGUUUUUAAGUGUAAAACAUUUUUUAUAUUAUUAUAUGAUAAAAGAAUAUAGUAUUUAUUAUUCAUAGUUAAUGAGGUCAAGAUAAAAUUUUGUUAUCAAGAGCAGGUUGAAAAGAGUUAAAAAUUUAAAAAAGGAAUAACUGGUGUUUUGUGUGACAAUUAUAUAUUGCAAAUAUUGUCACAAAUCUAUUGUCAUUUACGAAUUAGAUGAGGUUUUUUUAAUAAAGAAAGAAAUACGUUUAAAAUGGUACACUGUGUUUGUAUUAUUAACAGUGUAUUUGUCAGAUAUGCUAUUACCCACUGCCAUCUAAGAACUAUUUUAAAAUUGUAUUUGCAGGGGACACAUUUAUGUAUAUUUAUUAGGCAAUCUCUACAAAAGAUUAUUAAUCAGCAUAACAAUGUCAUUCGAAUUUGUUUUCUGUUUUUGACAUUUUUGUAAUAUGAGAAAACCAGAACAACAACAGUGUAAUAAAUCACAAACAUUUAAGAGAUUUAUUAAUGUUAUUCAUAAAAUCCACAAUAAAAACUAAUUUUAAUAAAUUUUUCUCACAUUAAAUAUCAAUAUGUUGGAGUUUAUUUGGGAUUGACCAGGUAGAGUCCAACAAAAUUUGUACAGGAGUCCUGAUGGAACCCUAACAGAAUGUAUUGUCGUUCAUACAACAAAAUUAUAUUUCAUUUUGAAAUUAAUGGUAAUUUUUUUCUAACCUAUUUUAACCUUGUUUAUGUUAGACUUAAAACUAUUGUAUCAAUCAUGUAAGAUAACUGUGACUGCCAUUGAUGUAUUGCCUUAUAAUAUUGACAAAAAAUCC